UUCUUAAUGUCAAAUUAUACCGUUGGUGAUGUAGGUAGGCAAUCCCCCAACGGUCAUAAAAUAUGAAAAUUCAAAUAAUUAUUUAGCCCCCAACGGUCAGCUUUGCGUUUCAAAGUUCAUCCCAAAAGUAUUUCGCUCAAUUCUGACUCCCAAACUUUUUCAAAAAAACAUUAAGCAAUUUCAUUUCUGAUCUGCGAAAAAAGGUUAAAAGACGAAAUGAACGAUUUUCAUCACCGACUUUCUUCUUCACCGUCCAUCAAGCCCUCAAAAGAUGUAGAUGAAAAUGAACCAAAGUAUCAUCAGCAAACAAGUCCCAAUUUGCAGAACAAUCCAAAACCAAUGCCAAAGCAUUACAUGUCCACAACUAUUUCAGCAGCUUCCAAGGCAAAUUUUCCUAGAAAGAAGAUCUUAGGAGACAGGAACGAGGCUUCCGAACCAUCUUCUUCGUUUGAGACUAAAUUCGAAAAGAUAUCAAUUCUUGAUAACUCUGAUGAGUCUUUGUCACAAUCGAAUGGUGGUGGUGAGGAGGAGGAGAAUGAAGAUGCUCUUGUAGUAUCUGCUGAUCUGGCUUCUUCUCCGCCUUAUGAUCCUUUAACCAAUUAUCUUUCUCCGAGGCCUCAAUUUCUCCGCUACAAGCCUAAUAGGCGACAUUGCCGUGUGAUCUUUCAUGGGAGAGAAAUUGAAGAUGGAGAGGCCAAAGAAGAGGGGUUAACUAGUAGAAGUGGUUCGCUUGAUUCUCUGAAUGCCAGCCAUGAGGAAGAGGCUGCUUCCGAGUCCGGUGGCAGUUCUUCUUCUUCUUCACCAUCAUCUUCAAUAAUUCAAAAGAAAGAAGAUGAUGUAGUUGAGGGAGCUAUUGGUGAAUCCGAGGAAAGAGAUGAAGACGAAAUUGUGGAGGAAAAAGAGGAAGAGGAAGAUAUAGGUUGUAACUUUAAAGGUCUAUUCAAAUCUUUAUUUUUGUUGGCUGUUUUAGUUCUCUCUACCAUGUUUAUAUCUUCCAUGAAUUCUUCGACGUCUAUGUCUAGUUUGAGGUUUGAUGAGAGCACUUUGAGUGGUUACUGCAAUAUGCAGAAUCAUACAAUUUCACAAAAUGGGGAUCCUAUAGAAUUAAAGAAGAGUGAUUUUGAUAGAGGGUUAGAGGAAGAAAACAUGGUUGAAGCUAUCUGGUUUAAGAAUGCAGUUGAUUCUAAUGUGGAGGAAGAGGGAAAUGUAGAUGUUGAUGAAGAUAUUGAAUUUGAUGAAAUUGAAAGUACUGAUGAAGUGAACGAAGAUGAUGCUGCUGCUGUGGAAGUUGCUGAAGGUGAAAAUAAGUCCAUUGUUGAAGAUAACAUGGAUGAGUUCUCUAUGGAUCUUCUUGAACCCACUGAAGAUUACCAGCUACUGACUUUCUCUGAAGAGCAAAAUGACAUUGAAGUAAGCCAAGAUGAGGAUGUAACUGGAAGCAUUACUGAGGAAGUUGUUUUGUCAGAGAAUAUGGAUACUGAUACCAAGUUAAACGAUGAGAAUCUGAAGCAAAUGGAAACUAAAUUCUCAUUCAAAAUUCUUGUUGCGGGUUUGAUACUUUCAACGAUUAUCGCAACUUUGUUUUUGAGGUUCCGGUUGAGAGCAAACCCUUGCACUGAACCUCUUCAAGUAAAGGAAGAAGAGAUCAUUACAGGUGAUUCUAAUCCUUUACCCUCAAAGCCUUAUUUUGAAUCUUGGAAAAUAGAGAAAUGCAAAGAAGAAAUUCCCAGUAAGAAAGAUGAGCUCAUUGAUGAAAUUGUCUCUCUUAGAGAUCAUACCCAACCCCACGCCCCAUCAGUUGAAUUUCUUGGCGAGUUUGUGGUUAGAGAUAUUAGGAACUCUGGUGUCAAAAACAGGAGAACAGAAGUUGAAGAAAGCAAUUUUUCAUUUUCUACAGAGAACCUUGGUGAUAAAUCUCAUUCAGUUUCUAUUCAAUCCCAACCUGCUCACUCUGAGUUUUCUGUCACGGAUGAUUCCCCUUCACAAGGAAGCUAUGCUGGGAAUAAGAAAGAUGAUGGUGAGUCAAAUAAUGAGAUGAUGACUCCAACAACAGCAAAGCGAUCAAGCAGCAGAAAAGGAGAAGCUAAAGCAACUCCAGUUAGGCGAUCAAGCAGAAUCCGCAGUAGGGCAGUAUUGUCUCCAUAGCAAAUGUUAUAAUUGGUUGGCUAUGUCUAAUUUUUUGACUUGCUUCAAUUGAAAACAGCAGCCUUUGUUGUUUUUAGUAUUGUUGUGACCUUAACUUUAGGAAUAAAAGAGCUCUUAAUCUGUAAGAACUAGUUUUACCUCUAUUCCCUCCCUUAUCAAAUCUAUCAUAUUCAACCUUCUUAUCAUCUUUUUUGCCCAACCUUUAUGUUGCUUUUUCACUACCAAUAUGAAGGUUAUCUCAUCUUCUUUUUGGCAGUAGUGGAAUAAGAAAAAUGUUAAAAUUUUCUUUUGAGGUUGCAAUUUUGAACUAUGAAAGAUCACAAAAUUGGAUAAAAAUGUCAACAUUGAUCAAUCUAUUAUCACCAACAUGAUUGAAACAGAAGACAUUUGAAUCUUGGCAAACAAAUUUUUCUAAUUGGCAUUUAUAGUCGAAGAUGUGUACAUAUCAAAAGACGAAGGUUUGCAUGAAUAAUGUCAUUAAAAAAAUAAAGAUACAUCAGAAGUACUUUUGUACAUGAAAUGGAAGGGAGGAUAUUGUUUGUUACAUGAAAAACUAGGCAGAUCUUCUAUUUGUGAAAGAAAAAGAUAAUGAUGAAGAACCUCUUGAGACCUUCUUAGAAAUGGUGGCCUUGGGAAGGGUAUAUAAUUUGGUGGUAUCUAAACCACCAGCAUAACUCUUACAUGCCUUCAUUUUUCUUCUGAUAUUGUAAGGAUUUUCCUUCUUAGCAAGAUCUUCUAUACUCAACACUUUUGAUAGAGAUGUGAAUGACUGUGAUUUGCCUUGGAAAAACUUGGAAAGACCUCUCCUGAGAAUUUGAACAAGAAAAACACAUUAGCAUAGAUUCAAAAAAGGAUUAGUAUAAAAAAUGUACUUGAACAAAUCUCAGAUGUGAAAAACUUACUUGAUGGGUAGUUGGGACAUGAGUUCUGACAAUUCAUACAAAGGUCCAUUAUGAUCAUGGGAUGAAGAACCAGAUGAUGAAGGGGAUGAAGAUGCAUCAUCUACCAAAUCUGAUGAAGAUGAUAAUGAUGAUCUGUUUGAGGAGGUAGAAUUCCCAAUGGAGGAUGAUGAUGCAGAUGAUGUUGAAUUGUAGGCAUCAUCAUCAUGAACAUGAUUAUUAUUAUCAUCACCUUCCAUGCUAAUCCAUCUACUCUUUUUCCCAUAAUCACCAUACAAACCUAUAGAGAAUGGACUUUGUUGUAGCAUCUGUUCUUCACAGGCAGCCAUUGAUAAGCAGAUCACAGCAAAAAAACAAGAUAAGGAGGAGAAAGUAAUCAAAGGAGAAGAACAACAAGGGAGUGGUUGCAGAUAUUGUUCUAAAAAACCUAU